AUGGCGUACCCGUACUUCGCAAGCGUCCCGAGUACUUACAGCUAUAGUAGUAGCACAUCCGGCCAGGGCAUGGCACAUGCCCAUAGGACGGCCCUGCCGCAUCCCGCACCUCACCUGAGCGCCCGAGACCUCUACUCGACCGCCACGCCUGCCUUUAGGAGACCAGAUCACCUGCCACGAUCGCCGUCGUUCGGAGCUAUCCGACGCCACAACGCUCUCUCGCCCAUGAGCACGCAGUACGGUUCGCUCAAGAUGGAGUCGGGCUACCACCAUCAUGGGUCCAAGACCCAGCCUAGUAUACCCCCUCUGAUUUCAAUGACCAACUGUGGUCAGCUCGUGUACAGCGACGGCACGCCAAUUAAGCCCGAGAUCAGCGGCAUCAUCGACAAAGGCUUCUUCAUUGCUGACAACGAAUGGACGUGCUACCGGCGCAACUACUUCUCAUGCGUCUGUUCGUUCACCCUCCAACCACUUCUACCCCAAACGCCAAUACAAUUCCAACCCAACAACUCCAACCAGAGCUACACAGUGCAUGGCUUUGCUAUGUGUAUCUCGGCCGUCGUCUCUGACAACGAGUCUCACACCAUCGAACUGGUCCAGCACACCCCCAAGCGCGACAAGGGUCCCAUCGCGAAGCCCGAUAAGAUCCGGCUGAGUCCCAAGCCUCCCCAGCCCCAUCACCCGCUCUCUGGUAUCUAUGACUCUGGCAGCCUUGCCUCCUCCCGCUAUGAUCCCCAGACGACUUCUGCCCCCGGAUCGACCGCCCUGUAUGGCCAGUCCCAGCAGACCUCUGCGCCGACCGAGCAUACCUUCGAGCGGAUCCAGUUCAAGCAGGCUACCGCCAACAACGGCAAACGCCGCGCAGCCCAGCAGUAUUACCACCUCAUCGUCGAGUUGUGGGCUGAUAUCGGCAUCCAGCAGGGCUCAGACCCCUGGAUCAAGGUCGCCUACCGCAAGUCGGCGAAGAUGAUUGUUCGUGGCCGAAGCCCAGGCCACUACCAGUCCGAGAGGAGAGGAAGCAACUCAUCUGGUCAUGGGGCCGGUGGUGCUGGGGGUGCAGGCGCCCUCGGCGGGGCUGCCCCAGGCGGCUACGGCGCUCUGCUGGGCCCGGGGGAUUACACCAGCUCAGGGCUCGCCCCCUACGGUGGUUCAGCAUACGACCCCCGUUCUGGUGCAUACACCCGACACCAUCACGACCUGACCAUGACAGGCACAGACCCAAUGAUGUCCGCCGAAGACGUCAAGUCCAUCACCGAGGCAAAGGGCUACCAAUACUACGCCAGCACAAUCUACGAAAACCCCGCCGCUGAAGGCCAUGCUGAUACCAGGCAUCACACACACAGCCACCACCAACCGCCCCAAGGCCAGGUUGAGCUCUUCUCUCAUUCGCGAAACGACACCGAUUCGAUUGGCAGCACCUCUGGCGCUGCCUUCGAUCCAACAAAGAUUAAGCCCGACCCUACCCCGUCAUCCUCAACAGCCGAUACCACCUCAACCCUCCCGGCCAGCUCCGCCUCGGGACCAAGUAGCUCCCUACCCAGUCUGUUCAGCAGCUACAACUCGUCGAACGGGACCAGCAGCAGCUACUAUUCCGCUUCGCCGGCGGGACAGAGGUGUGGAAGGUUUGAGAGUAAGCCGACUAGUGUGGGGCAGUAUCCGGGUCAUCAUUAUGGGACGGGAAGUGUGGGGGUGCAUCAUCAUCAUAGUGGACAUCAUGGGGCUCAUCAUGGGGGACAUCAUCUGCCGGUUAUUGCUGCGCCGGGUGGGGGGAUGAGUUUGACGUAA